AUGCAAUGGAACGGCACGCACACAAUACAGCGAUGCUAUAUAUUUUUUUACGUUUGGUUUAAAAGGUAGUCUGCCGGCCUGCUAUAUGCAAACAGGAAGAAACGUUUCAAGUCGGUGGUGCAAUUAAAACAACAGCUUUCGGAAAGAACAUCCCUUUCGUAAGGAUGCAAAAGGGAAGGAUUUCGCCAGCUUUCUUAGCAGUCUUUGUCCUAAGUGGAAUAUGGCCCGCUGCACUGGGCGUGACGAGGUACUCUAUACCGGAGGAGCUGGAGAGAGGCUGGGUUGUAGCAAAUAUUGCGGCAGACUUGGGACUGGAGGCUGGAGGUCUGGCCCAACGGGAGGUAAAACUUGAUAUUUUCCACAAUAAAAAAUAUUUAGAUGUUAACAAAAAUACAGGAGAGCUCUAUAUUAUUGAGAAAAUGGACAGGGAAAACCUUUGUCCAACUAAGACCACGACCUCUUGUUUUCUUAAGCUGGAUGUGAUAAUAGAGAGUCCGUUACGCAUUUUUAACAUCGAACUGGAGAUAAAAGACAUAAACGAUAACGCUCCCCACUUCAGACGGGACCGGGUAGAAUUGGAUGUGUCCGAGUCGGCCACACCAGGAGAGAGAUUCUCGCUGCCCAAUGCAGUCGACCCAGACGUUGACGUAAACACUAUAAAGACAUACAAACUCAGCGUCAGCGAGCAAUUCACGAUAGAAAUACAAACGGGUAGCGACGGAACCAAGUACGUGGACUUGGUGCUGACCAAAGCUUUAGACAGAGAGCAGCGCGCCGUUCACCACCUCGUCCUGACCGCAGUGGACGGCGGAGUCCCGGUGCGCUCAGGCACAGCUAACAUCAUAGUUCGGGUACAAGACACAAACGAUAACGCCCCACAUUUCGACAAGCCGAUGUAUACGAUCAACAUGACAGAAAAUACACCUAUUGGUACCCGGGUGAUUAAAUUAAACGCAACGGAUCUCGACGAGGGUGUGAAUGCGGACAUAAUCUACUCCUUUACCCUGUACACGUCGGAGAAAACACAAGAUGUAUUUUCUUUGAACCCGAGCACCGGGGAGAUAACGGUGAGGGGAACAAUUGAUUAUGAGGACAUGAAGUUAUAUGAGAUGCACGUUGAGGCCAAAGACAAGGGCCUGCAUCCGUUACAGGGGCAGUGUCGAGUGGUCGUCCAUGUGACAGAUAUGAAUGACAAUCAUCCGGUGAUCACCAUACAGUCGGUAAAGAGCACGGUCAGUGAGGAUACACCAGUAGGCACAGUAAUAGCCCUUGUGGGAAUAAGCGACAAAGACACGGGAGAUAAUGGCAAAGUAAGCCUAGCUAUCCGUCAACCGCAUCAUCCUUUUAUUCUCAAUGAGUCGUCAGAAAGCCCCUACCAUUACGAGCUCAUAGUAUCAGAACCUUUAGACCGCGAACGUCUCGCCGAAUAUGACGUCACGUUAAUUGUAACGGAUUCUGGGUCGCCCGCAUUAUCCGAUAAUGAAACGAUAUCAGUUCAUUUACUCGAUAUCAAUGACAACGAGCCACAGUUCCCCCAGUCGUUUUACACUAUACGAGUAAUGGAGAAUAAUGCACCUGGAUCGUUGUUGAGUUCCCUCACUGCAGUUGACCCAGACCUCCAUGAAAACCAGUAUCUAGUGUAUUUUAUCAUCGAGAGGGAGAUAGCCAACACCUCCAUGUCCAUGCUGUUCUCCAUUAGCCCAGAGAAUGGUAAACUCUUUGCUCUGAAGACGUUUGACUAUGAGAUUGAGAAGGAGUUUCUUUUCCACAUUGAGGCCAGAGACUCUGGUGUUCCUCCACUCAGCAGUAAUGUGACUGUCCACAUCAUUAUUGUGGACCAGAAUGACAACACUCCAGUCAUAGUGUCCCCAUGGCGCGCUCACGGCUCAGUGGUGGAGGAGAAGAUCCCCAGAUCCACCGACAAAGGCUCUCUGGUUUCCAAGGUGAUUGCUAUCGACGGCGACUCUGUGUUGAACUCAAGGAUUACCUACCAGUUUCUACAGGUGACGGACGCCACCUUGUUCAGUCUGGACCAGUACAACGGAGAGAUCCGGACUAUGAGAAUGUUCAGUUACAGAGACCCCCGUCUCCAACGGCUUGUUGUGGUUGCCAAGGACAACGGAGAGCCCGCUCUCUCUGCUACCGUUACCAUCAAGCUGUCCACAGUGGAGACCGCGGUCAAGGCCUACUCAGACAUGACCGAAGUGCCCCUAGAGUACGACAUCUUUUCAGACUUAAAUCUGUAUCUGGUCAUCGGCCUGGGCUCGGUGUCCUUCCUCUUGUUGAUCACCAUAUUGGUCACCAUCGUUCUCAAGUGUCAGAAACCCAAGUCCAGCAAAGCUGCUCCUCCCUGCAGGAACAGUGUGGUCAGUGAGAGGAACUCUUUUGCAGAUUCCACUCUGGUGUCCAACGAUGCCUACUGGUACAGCAUGUUUCUAGCGGAGACCAGGAAAGGGAAGCUGGUGGUUAGACAGCCAGCGCCAAAGGGCUCCAGGUACAUAGUGUCCAGUUUACCACGGAGCACUGGCCUCACAGAGACGAGCGGCUCAGCACCCUCCACGCUGCAGGUGAGGACUGCGACAAACAAUUCAUGUGUUAAUCUGGUGAUUUCUAAAAUAUAUUCUAGCAAAACAUUUUAUUGA